AUGGCAGAAAAUGAGAAAAUAAAAGGGACUAGCUCCAUGGUCAGAGAACUAAAUGUGGGGAACUUUUCCUGGGGUUCCGAGUGUUGUACUCGCAAAACAAGGAUCAUUGAUGUUGUCUACAAUGCAUCCAAUAAUGAGCUGGUCCGCACCAGGACUCUGGUCAAGAACUGCAUUGUGCUUAUUGACAGCACACCGUACCGACAGUGGUACGAGUCCCACUAUGCACUGCCCUUGGGCCGCAAGAAGGGGGCCAAGCUGACUCCUGAGGAGGAAGAAAUAUUAAACAAAAAACGAUCAAAGAAAAUUCAGAAGAAAUACGAUGAAAGGAAAAAGAACGCCAAGAUCAGCAGUCUUCUGGAGGAGCAGUUCCAGCAGGGCAAGCUUCUGGCCUGUAUCGCCUCAAGACCAGGCCAGUGCGGCAGAGCAGAUGGCUAUGUGCUAGAAGGCAAGGAGCUGGAGUUCUAUCUGAGGAAGAUCAAAGCCCGGAAAGGCAAAUAA